AAGUAUCUGUACCGUGAUGAGUUUACGAGAUAUUAAAUUAUGACGAUCAGUUUAUUUCACAGAUUGCAACACCUGUUCAUGGAUUUUUAUCUAUGUGACGAUGUUCACAGUGGACAUCUUUUUCCCGGAAACGAACGUGGCAAUGCCUUAGGAGCGUCUUUUUCAAAAAUAUUGCUGAAAAGAGGAUAUUUAUGAGGCUUUAUAGCCCAAACGUCGCAUUGGUGUUGCCAUUGGUGACCAGAUACUGGACCUCAGUGUAAUAAAGUCUAUGUUUCGAGGCUCUGUGAUUUCCAAACACCAGGAUGUUUUUGACCAGCCCACACUGAAUGCUUUCAUGGCUCUUGGUUUUGAGUCCUGGAGGGAGGCUAGGAGGACUUUGCAGGGGUUGCUGUCAGCCAAUGAGAACACUCUAAGAGAUGAUGUCAGCCUUCGGAGCAGAGCAUUUGUCCAUCAGAGUACAGCCACCAUGCACCUUCCUGCAGACAUUGGCGAUUACACUGACUUCUACUCCUCCAGAGAUCACGCCACCAACGUUGGCACCAUGUUCCGGGGGAAGGAGAAUGCUCUGAUGCCAAACUGGUUGAGGCUUCCAGUGGGAUACCACGGUAGAGCAUCAUCAGUGGUUGUUUCCAAGACCCCCAUCCGCCGCCCCUCAGGCCAGAUGAGACCUGAUCAGACAAAACCUCCAGUGUUUGGCCCGUCUAAGCAGGUGGAUAUUGAGCUAGAGAUGGCCUUCUUUGUUGGAAGAGGGAAUCAGCUCGGGGAGCCCAUUCCCAUCAACAAAGCCCAUGAACACAUCUUUGGCAUGGUACUCAUGAAUGACUGGAGUGCCAGGGACAUCCAGGCAUGGGAGUAUGUUCCUCUUGGUCCUUUCCUGGGGAAGAAUUUCGGAACAACGAUUUCACCCUGGGUCAUCCCAAUGGAUGCGCUGUUACCCUUUGCAGAGCCCAACCCCAUCCAGGAUCCACAGCCCCUCCCCUACCUGCAACACCCUGAUGCUUACACUCUCAACAUUAACCUGUUUGUGUCACUUAAAGCACAGGGCAUGGCAGAGGCAGCAACCAUCUGCAAGUCAAACUUUAAGUACAUGUACUGGACCAUGAAGCAGCAACUUACCCAUCACACAGUCAAUGGUUGCAACGUCAGACCAGGAGACCUGCUUGCUUCUGGUACCAUUAGUGGACCUGAUCCAGAGAGUUUUGGUUCCAUGCUAGAGCUGUCAUGGAGGGGAUCUAAGAGCAUCGAUCUGGGAGGGGGAGAAACCAGAACUUUCCUAAAGGAUGGAGAUGAAGUCACCAUCACAGGUUACUGUCAAGGAGAUGGAUACAGGGUGGGCUUUGGACCCUGCAUGGGAACCAUUCUCCCUGCCUUGCAACCUUAACUGUUAUUUAAGUGGGCAUCUUUUUGUAGAGCAUAAAUAAAUACAAACUUACACACUUACAGUAUCUCAACCUGCUUUACUAUCCAUUAAUGAAGAGGAUUACAACCAAAAAAUAUGCUCACACACACACAAACACAUAAAAUGUUCUCUUACAUGUUUCCGGCUUUAGUAAAUAAUUGAUGAGCUUUUGUCAGAUUCAGUCGAUGUAGACUCAGUGUUCUGUAAAGUUGUAUCUUGUUAUAGAAAUCCAGUAGAGGGAUGCUCAAACAUUACGUCAAAGUAUUACUGCUAUACCAGGAUCAGUGUUAUUGAUGUUUUAUAUGUUAGCUCCUGAUUUAUAAUAAAAUCAUCCAUUUAUAAAAUGA